UGUAUCAUCAGAAAACAGAAUAAACAUUCAUCUAGAAGCAAAACUCAGUGUAAACCUUUACAGGUGAUCAGCAAUAUUCACAUUUUCUGUCACUGUCACAUUGCUGACCCUCAUGAACAGGGCCUGGUGUAGCUGCUGAGUAAACACACGCAGAUAAUCAAACGUAGAACAUACUGUCGUUGAUAAGCCUUUUUCUGGCCUUACUCUGAAUGACAGACUCAGCACUCUCUCUCUCUCUCUCACACACACACACACACACACCUACACCUGUGGGUACAAUCCAUUAUCUAUCACCUUUAAUUCUGAAGAGAUAUAGAGUGGACAAAAUAACAGCUGCGCUCUGUGAAAUAUUACACCAUCGAGUAUAUUAAAUAUUACAUUUGUUGGAAAAGCACCUGAUUCAGCCUUAUGGCUGUGUGUAGUUGUUUUGUAGUGAACUGCUUUAGAUUGUAAGGUGCUCCUUUGCACAUACAGUAUAUUGGCUUUAUGCUGCACACCUCCAUAUGUGAGGUACUGUUAGAAUAGGUUCAUCUUAAUAAUUAAAGUACAGAAAUAUGGUUUCAGUUAUACAUUAUAAAAAUAAUUGAGGUAAGCUGAACAUUUAGAACUGAACAUUAAUCACAAGGUUUAGGAACUUUGUGUUAAAUGAAUACAGUCCAUGGACAUGAAGAAAUGAAGAGAACAAAUCAGACAUAUCAGUGAGUUUUUGUCAAUUAUUUCAGCCUGUUUUGUACAGUAUAAUGGUAAGUGCAGCAAGUGUCUUUUUUCCCACCCACAAUGGUAUGGAGGUAUUUCUGUCUGCUUAUCUGUCUGUGCAUUAUGUGACUGAUAGGUAGGCCAGUUUAGCUGAUUCUUUAGGUUUUGUUGUACUCAGAUAAUCUAUAUUUGGGCUUCCUGGCACAGCUGAACAUAUAUAAAAACCUGGAGUCAAACCUCAGAUGUACAAGUCCACACAGAGAAUCCAAGGUCUGCUGGGAUGGCUCACAUGUCUGUUUUCAGGUUCUCCGCUCUGGCUCUGCUGCUUCUGUCUGCCUGCUGUUGGGCCGACACUGAGGCAGAGGCGGACUCUGAGCUUUCUGUCUCUGAACUUCUGGAGAGAGCCAACAGCAAUCUGAUCCGCUCAGACGAUGAUCCCAUCCUGACUGGAGGAGACAUUGCCAUCGACAGUGAGGCCGAGAGAAAUGCCGAUCCCUGCACCAGCCGAGGCUGCAUGUGGGGAAAGUGGACUGAUGGGAAGGUCUACAUUCCUUAUUACAUCGCCAGUCACUUCUCCUCCCGUGAGAAGGCCAUCAUCACCCGUGGACUGGAGUCCUUCUCCUCCUUCUCCUGCAUCCGCUUCAGGCCCAGCAGAAGCAGUGACCGCGACUGGCUGAGCAUUGAGUCCAAGAAUGGCUGCUACUCCUACGUUGGCCGUCGCGGUGGUAAGCAGGUGGUGUCUCUGGCCCGUCGAGGAUGCCUUUACCAUGGCACUGUCCAGCAUGAGCUGCUCCACGCUCUGGGAUUCAACCAUGAACAAACCCGCUCUGACAGGGACAAUCACAUCAAAGUCCUGCUGCAGAACGUUCAGUCUGGAAUGGAGCACAACUUCAGGAAGAUUGCCACCCUCAACCAGGGCACUCCCUAUGAUUACAACUCUGUCAUGCAGUACCACAAGUAUGCCUUCUCUAGGAACAACCAGCCCACCAUGCUCCCAAUCCCUAACUCCAAUGUGUCCUUUGGCAAUGCCAAGGAGAUGAGCCGCAAUGACAUUGCCAGGCUCAACACUCUCUACAAGUGCUAGGAAGCCUGUCCAGAAGUUCUGACAGACAGAGCAGAGGAAAUAUUGUCUCCUGAUGCUCACUGAACAGAAGCUGCAGACCUGAACUCAUCAGCAAAAUCACAGGCAAUGAUUAUCUAAUAAAGUUUCUCUGACUGGAACACAACAGUCUCUCUUCA